CACACUUGCACCGAGAGCAGCCAUAGUCAAGACACGGCAACAACAACAGCGGCACCUCCUCCGCCUGUGUUCCCAUUCCCCAACAAUACACUUUAAACCGAGCAAAGCCAGGUGCACGACCAAGUCCCUGCCAUCACUGGCGCCUCCAGUCUCAAUGGGAAAAACCUUUUUUCUUCUUAUCCCUAAACAAGGACGAGAAUGUGAUUAAAAACGGGGGAAAAUGCCAAGGAGGAAGCAGGAGCAACCCAAGCGCCUGCCUUCACAUGUGGACAGCAAUGAGGAAGGGGCGCCUGAUGGCGGUGCUGUGGAGGAGGAGGCCUGGUUUGGGAAUGCUUCUGACACACGAUCAGAGUCGUCGUCUUAUGGAGACACCCAGGAUGAGCUCCUCCUGCCCAGGGGCUCCUCGCCUGAUGAACGACCUGGAGUCAGCAGUGGGUCUGGGGACCACGAUACCUGUGGAGGUGAGAGCUCACUGGGUUGCCCCACACCUGUCCAUCGUGCCUCUUUGGAACUUCUUGGACUGGAUGGAGGUGCAUUCUCGGCCCAGGACACACUCUCCUCUGUGGUAUCAUCACUGUAUGGCGAGGCAGCAUCUCGAGCCCUGGGAAAACCCCUCAGCAGUAACCUACGACGCCUCCUAGAGGCUGGGUCGCUGAAACUUGACACUGGGGAGCUCCUGGGUCGGUCAUCCAGGGGGGGUGCUGGAGGGGAGUCUCCUCCAAUCGGUCUAGCCCCACCCUUGACCCUCUCCCCGUCUUCCCACCAUGCCCACCAGUUAAGUGCUCUUGCCCGAAAACUGGCUAAUAACAACAACAACAGCGGCUCAGCCUCACCAGCCUCCUUGGCACCCUCAUGCACCAACAUUAAGCAAGAGCCCCAUGACCCCUUUAACUCUGUCACCCCUAGCAACGGCAGUGGGUUUGUAUGGGCAGGUGUUGCAGAUAAGUGGCCACCGGCCAGCUGCUCCACACCCUGCGGCUCCAGCCUGUCCCCGGACUCUGCAAUCCAGAAGUUGAAAGCAGCAGCAAAUGCUGUGCUUCAAGACAAGAAUGCCGUGGCCGCCUCCUCAACAACUUCUUCCUCCUCGUCCACCUCGGCCUCAUCUGCAGUGCCCGCCCUCGGAGGGGCAGGCCGAGGAGACGAAGUCGUGCGCUUUGAUGCCUUCAACUCUCCGUUUAGCCCACAGUCAGCUAGCUCCACCCUCGCUGCACUUUCCAAGAAGGUCAGUGAGCGGAGCCAAGCUUCGUCAACGGCAAGUGCUGCUACUGACCACCAAGCCUCAGCAAGUUCCUUUCUCUCACUUGUGUCAAUGACCUCCUCUGCUGCCUUGCUCAAAGAGGUGGCAGCCAGGGCAGCAGGAAACCUGCUGGCAGAGAAAAAGGAAGGUUCCCCCUUGGCGACUCCUGGGGUCCUCCAAGAGGAUGUGAAGCCCCUGCUGGACAAGAACCAGAAGGCCCCCACGCCCUCAACACCUACCCAGAGCCUAGAGUUGCUGUUGCCCUCUACUCCAAAGGGCAGAGGCAAACCAAGCAGCCAAUCAGGCUCUCCUGAGGAUGGCGGCAAACCAUUCCAGUGUCCUGUGUGUGGACUGGUCAUCAAACGCAAGAGCUACUGGAAGAGACACAUGGUCAUCCACACAGGCUUAAAAAGCCACCAGUGUCCCCUGUGUCCCUUCCGCUGUGCUCGCAAAGACAAUCUCAAGUCCCACAUGAAGGUACAUCAGCACCAGGACCGGGGUGAGACGUUUCAGUGUGAACUUUGCCCCUUCACCUCUUCCCGUCACUUCAGCCUGAAGCUUCACAUGCGCUGCCACCAGCACUUCCCCCGCACAGACGUCAAGGUGAAAGAGGAGCUCACCACCGACACGGAGGGCGAGGGCUCCCUGAUGGGUGACAGCGGCUCCGCGGACCUGAGAGGGACGGAGGUGUCCCCGCUGCACUCAGACACUCAGCAGCAGACGUCCCCUCCGGUCGAGGCUUCCUCCAAUCAUGUCCACAUCAAGGAGGAGCCACAGGAGAGAGACCUGUCUGUGCUCUCCCCCUUUAGCAUUUGCAGGGAACGUCCCAGCAGCAGUGCCAACUCCCUGGACCUACCUGGAGUUGGGGUUGGAGUCGGGGUCAGAUCCAGUCCGAGUGGUCCAACCACAGCCUCCCUCUUCAGCCCUGACAUCACUACCAAGACGGCCACUGAUCUGCUUAUGAAGUUAUCAGCGGCCAACCAGAGGGAGACGCUCAAGUCUCCAUUCCACUUGAAGGAAGAGCCCAAAGUAGAGGAAGCGCUGAGCCCCAGACCAUCCUCCCAGUCCCAGAGCCAGGUCCAGUCAAGUUUCCCUGUGACUUUCUGCCAGGACGGACCAAAAGGGGCUGCGGCAGCCACAGAGCGCCCGGGGCCACUGAAACCAAGGGAAGGAAGUCCCAUGGCUAAGAACAGCCUGCUGAGCCAGGAUAUCAACAUGAAGGUGGCCUCUGAGUUGCUGAUUAAGCUUUCAGAGAACAACAAAGAUGCCCAGUACCAGAAGGUGAAAGUAAAGGCAGAGCCCAUGGAGGUGGACCCACCCCCUGCAGAACUCACCCCACCUGCCUCUCACCUGCUGGCCUUCAGCACUUUAGGGGCGAGUGAGAAGAGUGAGCCAAUGAGUAACCUCCCCGAGACGUUGGCCCGCCCCCAGAAAGAUCUCUUCUCCCAGGACAUAUCGGUCAAAAUGGCCUCAGAACUACUGUUCAAAUUGUCAGAAAAAGUCAGCAAAGCCAACAACCACAAGGACAGUAAUAUGGUGGGAAUAAACAGUCCAUUCCUGGACGAGUGCUUCAGACAAUCACCCUUUAACUCGCGCUCUAAGAGCUCUUCCCCCGCAGAGGCCAGCUCCUCUACCAGGGCAGCAUUCCACGACUCAGAAAAGGAUGAUGGGGAGCCAGGAAACGGGAUUGCCCAGUGGAGACUAAAUGAACAGCUCUUCCCCUGUCCGGUCUGUGGCAAGGUGUUUGGUAGACAGCAGACUCUUUCUAGACAUCUGUCACUACACACAGAAGAGAGGAAGUACAAGUGUCACCUGUGUCCUUACGCAGCCAAGUGCAGGGCUAACCUCAAUCAGCACCUGACCAUCCACUCUGUCAAGCUGGUCAACACGGACGCUGAGCAGAUCGUCAGCGCUAUUACAGCCGACUCUGCUGAGCGCAAGAACUGCCCUUACUACUACAGCUGCCAUGUGUGUGGUUUCCAGACAGAGCUGAACGCCCAGUUUGUCAGCCACAUGUCGCUCCAUGUGGACAAGGAGCAGUGGAUGUUCUCACUCUGCUGCAGUGUCUGUGACUACGUCUGCAUGGAAGAGAAUGACAUGAAGAACCACAUUAGUACCGGACAUGCAGGUCUGAACUCAAGAAGUCCCCUCAGCGAGACCAAGAGCACCUCCUCAUCCCUGUCGGCCCUCAGCGAUUCACUCAACAGCUCAGAGGGUGGAGACCUCACCCACAGUAACGAAGAACUCAAGAGCCUGCUCGCCCCGCCCUCCUCCGCAGGCAGCCAGUCCAGCUCCGGAAGCCACUCAGGAUCAGGAACUGAGGACAAGUCUGACAAAGGCUUCGAGUGUGUCUUCUGCAAUUUUGUGUGCAAGACGCGUAGCAUGUACGAGCGGCACCUCCAGAUCCACCUCAUCACGCGAAUGUUUGAGUGUGACGUCUGCCACAAGUUCCUCAAGACGCCUGAGCAGCUGCUGGAGCACAAGAAGUGCCACACCGUCCCCUCCGGAGGGCUCAAGUGCCCUUUCUGCAUCUACUCCACCAAUCGUCCAGCGGCCAUGGAGUGCCACCUUAAGACGCACUGUAAGAUGGAGUACCGCUGCCGCAUCUGCCAGGGACUGUGGCCCGACCAGGCCUCAUUGGAGGCCCACAUGCGCGGGCACCGCCUGGGCAACCACUACAAGUGUGAGCAGUGUGGCUACUUGUCCAAGACGGCCAAUAAGCUGAUCGAGCAUGUGCGUGUGCACACGGGCGAGCGGCCCUUCCACUGCGACCGCUGCUCUUAUAGCUGCAAGCGCAAGGACAACCUCAACCUGCACAAGAAGCUGAAGCAUGCGCCGCGCCAGACUUUUGGCUGCCAAGAGUGCCCUUUCACCACCACACACCCCUUUGUCUUCAGCCGCCACCUCAAGAAACACCAGAGUGGAGGAGUGGGGGGACUGGACGGAGGCUUAGGAGGAGGAGGGGAAGAAGAGGAGGAAGAUGAGGAGGCAGGAGAGGAGGAGCUGUCUCUCGAGGGAACAUCGCCAGGGGGCUCGUCACUGCAGAAGAGCCAGGAGAAGUUCCUGUUCAGUGGAGGAGGAGGGAGCAGUGGAGGGAGUGGGAGUAACAGCCCUCUCAUGAGUCUAACAGCGUCCCAGGCGCUCCAGUCUGUUGCCCUGUCACUCACGCUGGGCAAGUCCCACCAGCUGGACCCCAAAGGCCCUCUGCACUGCUUGGUCAGCACUAAUGGCAACGACGCCACCAGAAACCCCGGUGGUCUGAGCAGCGGCAGCCCCUCCCUCUUCCUCCCCUCCUCCCGCCACGUGUUCGAGCAGUACAGGAACUGCGAUCGGGCGCACCUGAUCCCCCUCACCACCCUGUUCACCCACAACAGCCGCUUCACAUUCCACUCGCACCUCCACUCCAGAUGGCGGCCCGCCACAUCUCCUCUCCUCUUCUCCUCCAACUCGGCCUCCCCCUCCCGCUCUCCCCCCUCACCCACCUCCCACAAACACUCCUUCCUGGCCUACCUGGGACUGAUGGAGAGGGCCAAAACUGUUUGACCUCGCCCACCUCCUCCUCCUCUCCUCGCUCUUUCCCUCACUCCUUGGACAGUGGUGUGAAUGACACUUGACCACUGCAGUGGGAGCAACAUCUUUUCCAAUCAGACCAGCAGAAUAAGCUGGACCAGACAAACAUAUUGAAGAAAAGAAAAAAACAUUUAUAAGAGAAAAAGGCUGUACAUGCUAAAAAUGCAUUUAUAUCAAAAAGCUGCUUUUCUUAUCAGUUCUAUCAAUUGAAUUAUUACUACUUCAACUACUACUCUCUAUUACCUUUUAUUUUCUGUUUUUAAACGUCUGAAUGACCUGGACCCAGUUGCAUUAUCUGAGGAAACUAACGUAUCUCAGUUUUAUAGAUAUUUUUCUUUAGUCAUUUGACGAGAUAAAAAGUUGAAAAAGACGAAACAAAACUUGCAAGUGCUAUAUUUUAGUGCAUUUUUGUCUAUUGCUAUUAUGCAUCGAAAUAGCAUGCCUGUUUCUGUGUUUCAACUAGCUUUGACGUCAUUAGGAAGCUAAAUUCGAGAUAUCCUGAAGUGUUAGCGGUGCGACAGAACCAAUGAAACGGCAUGCUUUUCAUUGAAAAAGGCACGUUUCCAAAGCAACGCCUCAAACCACGCACUUACUUAUUUAUCAAUCUUGUACAUAGUUUUGUAGCCCUUCCCCCUCCCAUCUUUUUGAUUUUUGUUGGUUUUUUUGUAUAAUGGUGAAACCAUAUUAUGCAUAGCUGCUGCCUGAUGACACCUCUGUCUCAGAAUAAAUGUAAUUUAAAUGGGUCACUAACUAAUUUUGAUUGUUUUUUGUAAGCUCAUAAUACAGGAAAUAAGCUGUGAUGAUGUAAAUAUUCAAAUAUGUAAAUUGAAAAAUAUUCAAUCUGACCUUCCAUGACAAGAAACAUACAUUUAUUUCUAACAAUUUGAUUUGAAUAUAAAUGUAAAAUGUUGCCAAUGCAUUUGCACUCACAGGUAAAUAAGCAGUGAAAUCCUACAGACAACUAACGCGUGACUAGACUGAAAUAUUAAUUCAUUAUUUCUGAGACCAGGUGGAUAUCGGCGCAGCUUCAUAUGCAGAACUAUGUAUCACGCACCUAUACUUAGAAGAGAUAUAUGAGAUAACUGUUUUGUGGAGGUGACUAGCUCUGGGUUAGCGAGCUACCCACAGCCAGGGUCACCACAGGCCGAUUCAAUGGUGCUUUUUGGAGCUUUUUGUAAUUUUUGUGUACAAAAAAAAAAGAAAAAAACUGUUCCAAAAUGACUUGAAUGAAUGUAUUUUUGUUUAUGUACAUGAAAAAGAAGCGAUACAGAAGUGUGAAUAGGGACGUCUUCUGUGCUGGUAAAGGCAGGAAAGUUAGUGUGUUUGGUGGCCUUCUGUGUCUUUUUCUUUUGUUUCAUUUUUGUUUUGUUUUUUUUUGUUUUUUUUAUUUUUACUUUUUUUACUGAGCCUUUUACAUCAUAAUAAAACAUUUUCUACUAACAUUCAUAGAGCACCCAUUGAGAGAAAAAGCUCCUGUAGGUGCAAUGAUGAAGCAAAGCCAUUCACUUGUACAGCAUUGUGUUCAAUGGCACUGGCUUCUGUUAGGCCGGCUGACAUGGUACUGCUUUUUACCCUACCCUCCCCCCUGUCAACCUUUUGAGUUUAAAUUGCACUUAAUGUAGUUACACUUCAAGCCAAAAGCACUUAAACCUUUCGUUUUCCUUUUUGUUUUAAAGUGCAAACUUAGAUCCACCAUGUCACUAUAAUGUGAAGUAGACAAUAGUUGCUGGAAAUUACUCAAUCAACAUCCCUCAGUUUCACGUGUAGGCAUUUCUAGUGGUGCAAAAGGGUCUGCCUCUGUGAAAUUGGAGAAAGUAAAUACAAAUUGCAUGAAUUAGACAGUAGAGGUUAAGCUCUCCCUGGGAACUAAAGGUCCCAGGCUAAAUUGUGAUAGCCAAUUUUGCACAGUGCUGCACUUUUUGAUUAUGAGAAUAUGUAUUUAUCCGUAAAAUGCUCAAAAAGAAGUAUGUUUUGCGAGAUGGGGCAGCAUAGUACAAGCAUUUUAUUUUGAAAAAGCUUUACCCGUUAUUAAUAGUGCUUGUGUUCCUAAGUGGUCUUCAAGCCAAUAUCCCUUAUUUGUAAAGGGAUUGUUUUUUUUUAAUUUUCUUUAUCGUUUCCUUUUGUCUGUUUUACUCAUGCAUUUUAUUUUAAUGAAUCAUUGUUGCUUUUUUAUUUUUCUACUUAAAUCUUAUCAAAAAAAAUGUUGAUUGGACAGAGAACAUGAAUUGUCAAGACCAAAAUGUAACUCGCAGCAGGAUGUGAUGUUAGGAUUGAAUCCGUCACAUCCUGCUCUGGAGCAAUGCCUCAAUUGUCCCCCACCUUUUACACUGCUGUUUGUUUGUUCCUUUUUGCUCUGUCAAUGUCUGGCAUGCUGUCUCUGGAGUGAAAGGAGCAUCCCUCUAACACACACACAGACACACACAGACACACACUCUCCUUGUACUGUCUAUGUUAUCUUUUAUACUCUAGUGCCACUUGGUGGAAGGAAACCACCUGAGACUUCUGAGAAUAAGUCAAACUAAUUGUCAGGGUCCAAAAGAAAAAAGAUGAAAAGAUAAAAAAAAGAAUGUGUCUCCUCUUGACACCUUUUUAAAAUGUCUGCCUUUUAAUACAACAUAAUCAUGAAUGGCUGCACUUCUUUAUGUCCCCUUAGUUUGAGUGUAACAUUUAAAAAGGCAACAGGGCUCUAUCCUUUUGAAAAACAGUAUUCUUAAGCACUUAUUCUGUUUAUUUCCCCCAAUUGUAAGCAGCACAGUGACUUUUUUUAAAGCUUGACUACCUUUUCAGCACUUCAGAGUAUGCAUGACAUUGCCCUCGCUCUAGUUCUUUAGCACUUAAUUGUGUUUAAAACUAACUCCCUUGGUUGCGUUUAGUUAGCAUCACCCUGCACUGUCCUACAAUCAGUUAGCUUUAAGUUUGGCUGUAUUUUAUGAUUAGAAAAGGCUCAACUAUCUUAUCUUUUGGCACUCGGUAAAGAUUGGUAUGUGCUGUACAAAGCUUUUUUUUAUUACUCCAUUGUUAAGGCUGUACAGGGUUGUGACGAUAACUGGUAAAUAGAUCAUUUGUACUUUUUUGGUUUUGUAUUUGUUUCCUUUGUUUGGCAUUAUUUUAUGUUCAACUUGCCAGAUCUAAAUGUAACAGGAUUUGAAAGUAAAGCUUA